AUGGAGCACUGGCAGGGGCCUCAUAGCAGUGAGGGGCGCUCUGCUGCAGCAGCAGCAGCUCCCACCUCCCCAGAAGGUAGCACAGCAGCAAAUGCAGCAGCAAAUGCAGAAGCAAAUGCAGUAACAGCAGCAGCGGGUGCUGCUGACUGUGUAGCAGCAGAUGUGGCGGCUAAGAGAUACGCUGCAGAAGAAACAGCAGUUCGGGAGCAGCAGCUAGAAGUGCCUCCCGCAGCAGCAGCAGCAGCAGGACUGGCAGCAGCAGCACAGGUUGCUGCUGCUCCUGCUACUGGUGUUGCUGCUGCUGACUGCCACCCGCUGCGGAAGGCUGAGGACACAGAGGCGCAAGACUCUGCAGCAGCAGCAACAGCAGCCGCAGCAGCAACAGCAACAGCAGCAGCAACAGCAACAGAAGCAGCCGCAGCCGGACCGGCAGAUCGCGAGGCAGGAGCAGCACUUGUUCAGGCAGAAGGAGGGGAGACAGCAACAACAACAGCAGCUGCAGCAGCAGAAGCAGCAGCAGAAGCAGCAGCAGGAACAGUAGCAACAACAGCAGAUAGCACUUCAGUUUGGUCCCUCUUUCCUUCGGAUUGGCAGCUGAUGCCUAUUAAUAAAAUUGCUUCUCUUAUUUUCGAGUCGUUUGUCUCUGGGGGGAGGUCGCUGCAGCGGGAGAGCAGCAAACUCAGCAGCAGCAGCAGCAGCAACAGCAGCAGCAGGGACUCCUCCUUGGAGCCGCAAACAGACGCACUCAACCGCAGCUCCACGCAAACACACGGAGACACCCAAGCCGAUGGGGAGGGCGCUUCUUCGGAGGGGACCGCGGAGACGUUUUGUAGCUGCUGCAGCAGCAGCAUCUGCAGCAGCAGCGACAGCAGCGGGGAGAAGAAUUUGCUGCUGCUGGGCCUCUCUAGCAGCAGAAGGAAUCAAAUCAGCCGAACGCACAGCAGCAAAACCAUCAGGCAGCGCAGCAGGCGCUCGCAGCAGUUGCUGCUGCGGCGUUCAUCUACUCGGAGGGCUUCUCGUGCUGCAGCAGCAGCAGCAGCUGCUGCUGCCGCUGAGAGCAUCAACAGAAGCAGGAGCAGCAGCUGCUGCAGCAGCAGAGGCAACAGCAGCUGCGCAGACAUAACCGAAACAGAAGAAGGCGCCGAAGAACAACAGCAGCAGCAGCAGCAGAACAACCAGCAGCAGCAGCAGCAGAACGACCAGCAGCAGCAGCAGCAGCAGCAGCAGCAUGAAGAGAGCAGCGGGAAGCCGUCUCUAGAAAAUUGGAUGGGGACUCUGGGGCUAGAAAAUGUCCCUCUAGAAAAACUAAUAAUACCAGGCAAGACAGCCGCAGCAGCAACUGCAGCAGCAGCAGCAGUAGGAGUCAGCAGCAGCAGCAGCAAGCGAAGGCAAAAGGAUAAAUAG